AGCUGGUUGUUGUUGCUCGUCUGGCCACUCGGAGGGAGCGAUGAUGAUUGACAAUAAUGGCGGCGGGUUUAUUCUGACUUGACUCCAGCAGGGGGGGUAGGGAGAGGAGAACAGAAGACGGAGAACCAUCUCCGGGCCGACAAAGCCCACACCUUGAGGUGAAUCUUAUGCAUCCGCACGGUGCACUUGGGACCCCCCAAAAGGAGCGAAAAUAAGACUUGGCUUGAGUAAGGGCUUUAUCCUGCUAGCUUAGCUUUAGCUCGGUUUUAGCUUGCUAAGUUUAAGAGGUUAGCAUUCUUGAGGCGACGAGGGUCAGCUAAGCAAACAAUGUCGCCGCUUCGCCAGCUCUCCGCGUAAUUACUCUCCCGUUUUCCAGGGGCUCGACGAAUGCAGCGCUUCUUUGCCAAAGAAGAGCCCAUCUUCUUCAGAAGGUAGCGGGGCUAGCUUUGCGGAGCUGUGCGGCUUCUGUUACGGACUUGCAUUCAAAAACUGCCCGCCGCCUUGUUGCCAGCUCGCACAGCUAGCUCGCUAACUCUCCAAAAGAUUGUUGGGGCCAAUUCCCCCCGCUCUUCGUUUCUUAAAUGACCACCGGUAGGAACAACCGAGCCAUGAUGGAAGGAGUCGGAGCGAGAGUGGUUCGGGGACCCGACUGGAAGUGGGGUAAGCAGGACGGCGGAGAGGGACAUGUCGGCACCGUCAGGAGUUUUGAAAGUCCCGAGGAGGUGGUGGUCGUCUGGGAUAACGGCACCGCUGCGAAUUACCGUUGCUCUGGAGCAUACGACGUGAGGAUAUUAGACAGUGCUCCCACGGGCAUCAAGCAUGACGGAACAAUGUGUGACACCUGCCGUCAGCAGCCCAUCAUUGGAAUUCGCUGGAAAUGUGCUGAGUGCACCAAUUAUGACCUCUGCACAACCUGUUACCAUGGUGACAAACAUCACCUGAGACACCGCUUCUACAGGAUCACCACCCCGGGCAGCGAAAGAGUUCUCCUAGAGUCGAGGCGCAAAUCAAAGAAAAUCACCGCCAGAGGCAUCUUCACCGGAGGCCGGGUAGUGCGAGGCGUGGACUGGCAGUGGGAAGAUCAGGAUGGAGGCAACGGAAGGCGAGGAAAGGUGACGGAGAUUCAAGACUGGAGCGCAGCCAGCCCUCAUAGUGCCGCCUACGUGCUUUGGGACAACGGGGCCAAGAACCUGUACCGUGUCGGUUUUGAGGGAAUGUCGGACCUGAAAUGUGUUCAGGACGCCAAAGGAGGGUCCUUUUACAGAGACCACUGUCCUGUGUUGGGUGAGCAGAAUGGCAACAGGAACCCCGGCGGUCUUCAGAUCGGGGACCUGGUCAACAUCGACUUGGACCUGGAGAUUGUCCAGUCGCUGCAGCACGGUCACGGCGGCUGGACCGACGGCAUGUUCGAGACGCUCACCACCACCGGCACGGUGUGCGGCAUCGACGAAGAUCACGAUAUUGUGGUGCAGUAUCCCAGCGGGAACAGGUGGACGUUCAAUCCCGCCGUACUAACGAAAGCCAACGUGGUGCGCAGCGGUGAAGCGGCCGCUGGAGCGGAGGGAGGCACCUCGCAAUUCCUUGUGGGGGACCUGGUUCAGAUUUGCUACGACAUCGACCGCAUCAAGCUGCUACAAAAAGGCCACGGGGAGUGGGCCGAGGCCAUGCUUCCUACCCUGGGGAAGGUGGGCCGCGUGCAGCAGAUCUACUCUGACAGUGACCUGAAGGUGGAGGUGUGCGGGACGUCGUGGACGUACAAUCCCGCUGCUGUCACCAAGAUCGCUCCCUCAGGCUCCGCCGUUAGCAACGCCUCCGGAGAGCGUCUCUCCCAGCUGCUGAAGAAACUGUUUGAGACACAGGAGUCGGGCGACAUCAACGAGGAACUGGUCAAGGCGGCAGCCAACGGAGAUCUGGCCAAGGUGGAAGACAUUUUGAAAAGACCCGACGUUGACGUGAACGGGCAGUGCGCUGGACACACUGCGAUGCAAGCGGCCAGUCAGAACGGUCACGUGGACGUUCUCAAGCUCCUGCUCAAACACAGCGUUGAUCUCGAGGCAGAGGACAAAGAUGGGGAUCGGGCGGUGCACCAUGCGGCCUUCGGUGACGAGGGUUCAGUCAUCGAGGUACUGCAGCGGGGCGGCGCCGACUUGAACGCCAGGAACAAGCGCAGGCAGACGCCAUUGCACAUAGCUGUCAACAAGGGACACCUGCAGGUGGUCAAAACGUUGCUGGACUUUGGCUGCCACCCAAGCCUCCAGGAUUCUGAGGGCGACACACCCCUGCACGAUGCCAUCAGCAAGAAGCGAGACGACAUGCUGUCUGUGCUGCUGGAGGCCGGCGCCGACGUCACCAUCACCAACAACAACGGCUUCAACGCCUUGCACCACGCCGCUCUGCGAGGAAACCCCAGUGCGAUGCGCGUGUUGCUAUCCAAACUGCCCAGGCCGUGGAUUGUGGACGAGAAGAAGGACGACGGCUACACGGCGCUGCACCUGGCGGCCCUCAACAACCACGUGGAGGUGGCCGAGCUCUUAGUUCAUCAGGGCAACGCCAGCUUGGACAUCCAGAACGUCAACCAGCAAACAGCCUUACACCUGGCCGUUGAGCGACAGCACACCCAGAUUGUCAGGCUGCUGGUGCGAGCCGAGGCCAAGCUGGACGUGCAGGACAAGGACGGGGACACGCCGCUCCACGAAGCACUGCGACAUCACACGCUGUCCCAGUUGCGGCAACUCCAGGAUAUGCAGGACGUCAGCAAAGUGGAGCCCUGGGAGCCCUCCAAGAACACGUUAAUCAUGGGCUUAGGCACCCAAGGGGCGGAGAAGAAGAGCGCGGCGUCCAUCGCCUGCUUCCUGGCCGCCAACGGAGCCGACCUGACGGUGCGUAACAAGAAGGGCCAGUCGCCUCUGGACCUGUGUCCCGACCCCAGCCUCUGCAAGGCGCUGGCCAAAUGUCAUAAAGAGAAAAGCAGCGGCCAGGUGGGCACACGCAGCCCGUCUCUGAACAGCAACAUGGAGUCCUUGGAGGAGUGCAUGGUGUGCUCGGACAUGAAGAGAGACACUCUCUUCGGGCCUUGCGGACACAUUGCCACGUGCUCCCUCUGCUCACCCCGUGUCAAGAAGUGUCUCAUCUGCAAAGAUCAGGUCCAGUCACGCUCUAAGAUUGAGGAGUGCGUGGUGUGCUCGGACAAAAAGGCGGCUGUCUUGUUCCAGCCCUGCGGCCACAUGUGCGCUUGUGAGAACUGUGCCAACCUCAUGAAGAAGUGCGUACAAUGUCGCGCUGUGGUGGAGCGCCGCACCCCCUUUGUGCUUUGUUGUGGGGGGAAAGGUAUGGAGGAUGAUGAUGAUGAUGAUGAUGCCGCAGAUGAUGAUGUGGAUGAUGAUGAUGAUGAUGACAUUAGGAGCUCUAACUCUAUGGCAGGGGGAUCGCAGGAUCUUCUCCAGCCCAACAAUCUGGCACUAAGUUGGUCGAGCGGCAACAUCCCCGCCCUGCAGCGGGACAAGGACAACACCAACGUCAACGCGGACGUUCAGAAGCUCCAGCAGCAACUGCAGGACAUCAAGGAACAGACCAUGUGCCCCGUGUGUCUGGACCGGCUCAAGAACAUGAUCUUCAUGUGCGGCCACGGUACCUGCCAGCUGUGCGGCGACCGCAUGAGCGAGUGCCCCAUCUGCCGCAAGGCCAUCGAGCGCCGCAUCCUCCUCUAUUAGGCUCUCUGGCGUCAGACCACCCACCCACCCACGCCCGCGAACGCACCACCAGCCACCAAAGCGUAUCCCCUCAGCAGGCUUACUCUGUUGCUUAACAUGGAGACAUUUUUGAACGGAUAUCCUCAUUAUUCUGCCUUUCGGACCUCUCCAAAUUGAAAGGCACGUCUUGAAUCUCGCCCGGGGAAGGACGGCGUACGAGCGCAUGACUCUCGUUUGGUGUCAAGUGUUGCACCCCCCAGAAAAGCCACGUUUGAUCCCUAUUAUUGUGCAGGAAGAACCCUGCGUGGAUUUUGAGUCGUUUGCUUUGGCAACUUUCAUUUCAUGGUUCUAUGAGUUUGUUUUUUUUAUAGGAGGAAGAGAACCCGGGCGGUUCUGAAACGGCAACGUGAGCGGUCAGCCUUCAGUUCUGUGAGGAGGACGCAGGUAGAAUGACACCUUGUUGACUAGACAUCCAAACAU